GGGUUGUUGGGCUGUGGCUUUGACGAGUACUUGAGGUUCGGGAGGAAUCUGGGGAAGGUUUCAAUGCUAAGAUGCCCUUCAAAUGUUCCCCUCUUUCAUCCGUCUUCUCUAACUCGACCAAUCCUUCCGGCCGCAUCUUGGGGAUUUUGGACCUAGAACUCAUCUGAAUUUUUUCCUAGUUCUUUCCUUCCAACCUGACGUAUUUCAAGGCAACUCAUUCACCCAGCCAAGCACGCGACACUCGACCCACUCCUCUUGAAUCCUUUCUCUCAACUCUUCAAGAUGGCUGCCGUUGCGCAUGCCUUCUAGAGGGUGGUCUCGAUCCGAGAAGUAGCAUAGCACUCACGAUGGGACCACCCUCAGAGUUCUGCCUCGUCAACCCGAGCAUUAUCCGUUGAAUAUUAAAUUGUAACGGCACCACGACCGACCCAUUGUGCCCUUGACCGGUACUCACCAACUGUCACCCAAUCAUCCGACCAGUGACUACUCGAUUGACCGGAAUUCCGACGUGUUGGACCCUACCGCCGCAGCGUUUACCUACCCCCUCAAUCCCUGCUAAGUCAACUGCUGCUGGUCCUAUUUCUGUACUGGCAACCAUGGCUCGUCGGGGCUCCGCGAAGCCCGUCAAGGCGGCAGCUCGCGCCAAAGGUCCAGCCUCGCGGCCACUUGCCGUGGCUUCCGCUAUUCCAUCCGCUCUUCCCUCCGCUGUCACGACCGCAUUGAACACUCCGAACAGCUCUACAUACCCCUCUACGUAUCCCUCCGAAGAUGAGGGUGAGCAUUUCGUUCGGAUCAGUAAUAUGGAGGAAUCACUUGAAGGCUUGUCAUUGGAAGACGCAGAGAAGCAACGAGAAAAGAUCGCUGGAAAGAAAGUCCAAAAGCCAUUCCCGCUACUAGAUUUGCCACCUGAAUUGCGUUUGAAGAUUUACGGUUUUCAUUUCGCCACCAGCGGCAAUAGCGGUGACAAGGCCAUUGAUCUGGACCCAGACAACUACAAGCGCAUUCACACCCGUCUCUUACCGCUGCUGCGCACGUGCCGCACGGUCUAUAAUGAGGCUUCCUAUUACUUUUACAGUACAUAUCCAUUCCGCCUCUUUCCUACUCAUUACGGGCGGUUCUUCAAGACCAAGAAGCCUUUGCUGGCUCGCUUAGCCCCUCGCCUCCGCGGGCAAAUUUCAACGCUCGAGCUCCGAGUCGGCCCCGGUUGGAACAAACCUCCCCGGGGGUGGGUUGUCAAUGACGCCCUGGGCCUCCGCGACUGCGUCAGUGCGCACAAACUUCGAGUGUUCGUCGAAUUCGACCCCGGCCACCCGGCUUUUCAGGGCUGGCGGAAGUCGGAUGGCUUUUACGAAGGUUUUUGCCAAAAGCUGCUCGACGACGUCCUAAAAGGAGUUCCAUCGUUGACAGAAGUAGAGUUUGACUCGUUCCCCAGCAUCAAGCUCUCGGGAGAUUUGAUGCAGAAGAUGCUGCAGACCACAUUGCAGCAUGGUCGGCGUGUUACGUUUGGGCCCGCAAGAGGCUGGAAGUCAAUUCAUGACGUUGACGACGAAGAUACUCCAGAGCCCACGAGCGACGAAAUAGCCGCUAUGGACCUAUUGAACACCGCAUCGCCUAUUGCGGUGGUGGUUUCUUAGUAAACAUGAGCUUUGAAAAACUUGAUUGCAUUUUGGCUUGCAUGGUUAGUAUACCUUUUGAUGAUUUUGUGUAAGAAAGUUUGUACAUGUGGAAUGAGCAAUGGGUUGAGAUUCAUGGCAUUCAUGAUUCAGGGUUUCAUUCAGGUCGGGUAUAGGGAGGGGCACAUAGUUUUCUCUACUCAGUUACUCAUUUUGUCAUUGGCAUGAGGCGUUCACUUUGAUCAUUCUUAAGCUUAAAUUCACAGUUCUUCCUUGACGUCUUGACGUCUUGACGUCUUCAACCAGACAAUAAUUGGAUCUUCUGGUACCAUGUAGAAGCGGCAGGCGACAGAUGACUUACCAUU